AUGCUCCAAGCUCUCAUGCGGCGCAAGUUUGUCGUCUCUCUGGAGGUGUCGAACCGUGACAACGCCUAUGAUUGGAUGUUGCGCUGGCUGUCCCACCAAAAAACGUUUAAGGUGCAACAGAUGUCAGUGCUGACUCGGACGCCAUCCAUGGAGUACUCGUCCAGCGACCGCACGCGGGCGGAGUGCCUCUUCAGCCCGUGUCCGAAUCAGCGGCACUUCUUCUUCUACGAGGGUCGCCCGCUGACACUGACGCGGCGACGCCGCGACAACAUCAGCCCGGGCUACAGCGAUGACAUUUUCGAAACACUGGAGUUCACCACCAUCGGCACGAGUGCCACAGUGCUGCAGAACAUCGUAAAGGAGGCCCAGCAGUUUGCAGAGCAAGAGGACAGCGAUCACACUGUAGUGUACAUGAAUGGUGGUAGCAGCUGGACUCGCCAAUCCCGACCGCGUUCGCGGCGCGCCAUUCAGUCCGUUGUGCUGCCAAAUGGCAUUUCUGAGUUUGUUCUAAGCGAUGUCAAGAAGUUUCUCAGUUCGAGCUCCUUUUACAAGCAGUUGGGUGUACCCUACCGCCGCGGGUAUCUUCUGCACGGGCCUCCAGGGUGCGGCAAGACGAGCUUUGUCAUGGCGCUAGCCGGUGAACUGCGCCUCUCCAUCUCUCUCCUUAACUUGUCGAAUCGCAACCUCAACGACGAGUCGCUGACGUCCUUGCUGAACGAGGCGCGCGUAGACACGAUUGUGCUGCUGGAGGACAUCGACCGCGCCUUCAGCAAUGAGUGCAACGUUACCAUGAGCGGCCUCCUUAACGCACUCGACGGCGUCGGUGCCCAGGAGGGCCGCUUAGUCUUCAUGACGACGAACCACGUGGACCUGCUGGACGCGGCGCUGAUUCGGCCAGGCCGAGCAGAUGUCAAGAUUGAAGUCGGCCUGCUGGAUGUGGAUCAGUCGCAGCGCAUGUACCGGAAGUUCUUCCCAAAGGCAACGGAGGAUAUGGUGGAGGCUUUUGGACGCAAUUUUCCACCACAUGUGAUUAGCGCUGCCCAGCUACAGUCACAUCUCUUUUUCCACAGAGACGACGCUGUCGCUGCGACUGUGGCGCUUCCCACAUUCAUUGCGAGCAGUCGCGCCUUCGACGCAAGCAUAGAGCAAAUGCGAAGCAAGAAAACGAGGCUUCAGAGGUCUCUACCGCGUGCGCCACUGCUUGACUUCGAUACCACGUAG